AUGAUCAAGCUAUGGGUGUUCGUCUUAGCUUUAGUAACUGCAUCUUAUUCUUCACAAGCUUCAAAAUGUCCCGCCAAUUGCCAAUGUAACAACACGGCGAUGGAAUGCACCAUUGAUGAUCUGAAUUACCUCAAUACUACACACGACAGCAGCUUAACCAGCUUGUAAGAAUUUACUUUACACGAUUUUUCUUUUAGAGCCAAAUUUUUGACUUCGAAAAAAUUCUAAACAGGAAUAACUACGGUGGUUGAGAGGGUCUUAACAGUAAUUUAACACUAAGGUCCAUAAUUUUCCUUGAAUAUUACCUGGUAUAGUUGCAUUAUAUAACUUAAGUUGGUCGUAAUAGCUAACGAGCGUCUGACAGUCAAGCCCUUAAUUUUAACAUCAGAAGCCAGCAGUUACGUAAGUUUUUUUGCAGCUAGUCCUGGUCUCCAUUACAGAUCUACCACGUUGAUUUGUUGUGUUUUCAUGUUUCCAUUUUUAGUAAACACGAAUUCAUCUGAUCUCCAUGAGAUAGUUAGGAUCAAUACGGCCGUGAUCUCAAAAUAUGUCACCAAGACCUCCAGCCGAUAUUAUUGCACACUAUCCCUCGUGCUUGCCUUAUAAGAACGACAUUCGCCAUUGGCUCACCAGUCUGAGCACAUGAAAAACAUUGACUUAGCGUGGUUUGUUUUAUUGCGAGCAACCAGUCAGGAGCCAGUAAUCCUGAUCUCCACGUUGCUAUUACCAAUGCGCGGGACGUAUGUAGCCAGCAUUCGUUUAGGUUUCCACUAAGAAUGAAUGGAAUUCAUAGAACGCAAUCUGAUCACGCGCAUUUCGUCCAUCUGUCACGUGAAGAACAAGAGCGUCUUGACCUUCGAUCUCGCCUACACCCCCUAACCUAUGGUUAUUACUAGUACCAAAAUAACAUUCAUUGAAAACUUCUGAGUCUGCGUAUUCCUUAACACUGAAAUGUCCCAACAUUGACCGACAUCAAUUUUCUCCUAACAACAGUGAACUUACCCAACAGGACGGGAGAAGAAAGAAGAAGGCAAGCCUUUUGUGACAAGCGUGACAAUAAUUUUGUUCCAAAUAAUUAACUUUUCACCAAACUUCACUUUCCUUUAAACAGACCUUUUUUAAAGACCAGAAAACAUAAGUGUUAAGUGAAGAUCACGACAAAACACACAAGUAAUAACAUUCGGCUGUCACGUUUGUCAGACACAAGCGUUUUGCCGUCCUCUUCUUCUUGCCAUCUUGUUGCGUAAACUCACUAAUAUCAAUACCUAAUCUAGCCUCAGCUGACAGAACAGCCGACAUUUGGCGACGCUACCACUGGUUUCCCCGCAAAAUGACGUCUGAGAAACGAGCGCAGAAAUUCCAUACUGAUGACGCGUCACUACCUAAAUCUGGGUAGUGUGUGACGUGUCAUCAGUAUGGAAUUUCUGCGCUCGUUUCUCAGACGUCAUUUGGGCGGGAAACCAGCGGUAGCUUCGCCAAAUGUCGGCUGUUUUCUCAGGCUAUACCCAAUCGAGAGAAAAGGUUAUGCAUACAAAAGAGAAAAUGUUUUGAUAUUUUACCGAAUUCUCUCAAUGACAACUAAUUUUGUAAGGAAAUGCAAAAGAUCAGUCUGGGGAUUUUUUUGUAUGUUAUAUUGGCGAUUAAAGUGAUGAUAAUCCACACGUAAUUUGCUUUGGAGGAGUACUUCCCAGUUACAUUAGCAUUUUGGAAAGAGUGAUUUUAACUUAAGCUGUUAAUAUUUUGAUGCCUAAGAAUAUUCUCAUUCUCAGUUGCAUAGGAUUACCUGAUAACGACAAAAAUUCUUCCAUUUGUCCUCCCACGCCUUGCUUCCUUUAAAAUCUUCAUCUGCCGUACAAUGUUUCCGUCAAUAGAAACCUUGGUCAUCUGCAAAUUAAUUCAAAAGAAUAACGAGACAUUGUAAACGGCGAGAAACUCACUUUUUUCAAAAUUGGCGUUUAAUCUUUAUUAAUAGUUUUUUCUUCACUUUUUCUGAGUAAUUAGAACAUAAGUCGGAGACCUAACUCUUUCGAUAUUAUAAAAUUCCAACGAAAAACUAUAGUCACUAAAGAGAACAUUGUAGCAGCUUACUACAAAAAUGUACCUGGAAAUCUAAUGUAUGGAAGGUGUGAAUAACUUGUUAUUACAUUGAUGGCUGCUUUAAUUGGGAAUAAACGGUACCUUAAUUGGCCACAUAUUCAGACAAUUUAUACCAUUUCUUUUAGAACUCUUUCUGGAGGCAAAAUCAAGGAAAUCCCCCCGAGAAUAUUCAUUGGACUUCCCCGACUUCAGUUCCUGUAAGUACUUCUUUUGUUUCCCUUGUCCCCCUUAGUUUUCGAUUGCCGUAGCCAAAAACGAUAGUAGGUAUAUGUUGUAGUUAAUUUUUCAUCUCCGGUAAUUUUUGUUUUUCUUUUGUUUUGGGGUAUGGUAACGUAUGCAAAUGAAGUUGAAACAAAAGAAAAAUAAAAAUUACCUGAGAUAAAAAAUUAACUAGAACAUAUAUACUACAAUAUUAAAAAAAAUAAGCAAAACAACUUUCAGUGCCUCUCUUACUUUUACGCAAGACGAAAAUUCUGUAAAUUACAGGAGGGGGGGGGGGGAGAUCCAGAAAAUGCAGAAAGGAGAGCCGGGACACUUGGCACUAGCUGUAACUAAAAAGAGGGGCGUGGUCCGGUCCCUGGACCAACCCUUGAUCCGCCCAUGGAUUGAAGCAGCCAGUCGUUUUAAUCAGUAGAGAUGCAGUGAUGUAGCACGCUUGCACUUUAGUUUCUCCUUAGUCUAACAGAUACUCCUUUAUAGGUCUCUUGCAGGCAAUGAAAUAUCAGAGAUCUCCAAUGGAUCUUUCAGUGGUUUGAACAACUUACAGGAGCUGUGAGUGGCAUUGUACACUGUUUCAUCGAGUACUUAAACAUAAUUUACGUCAUAAGUCAAGAGUGAGGGCGAGUGGUUCAUCACGAGUUCCAAACACCGAGAAACAGAUGCAAGUACGAGAUCGUACGCCGAGUGCUUUCAUCCGUUUCGACGUGUUUAGAACUCGCCUUUAUGAAGCACGAAGCCAAAGUUUUUGACAUGUCUUUCCAAAUGAAACAACAAGAAAUAAUGCAGCGACAUGUUUUCUCUGGUAUUGCAUUGGUGGUGUUUUACCUGGUGUUUCGUUAGAUAUCAACAUUUAUCCACCUGACCCAAAUGGUCGUCAUUUAUUGGCUUUUGACUGCAUGAAUAAUUAAUGAAUUUGAGAAUACCAUCUGAAGUAUUGAAUUCCUUUAGAUAUACACUAGGAUUAAGCUGAUGAAAUUUACAUUAAAUGCAUGGUGGGACCAAGGAUAUUGGGCAAGACGAGGGAUAUUAGUUCGAUUGCAGGAUAUCACAUCGGUUGAAUAAUAUCAGGCAGGACGAAUGAUAGCAAGUCGGAUAAAGGAUACUUGUCGAACAAAGCAUAUCGCGUAGGACAGAGGAUAUCAGGUUGGGCAAAUAUGACGUCUGACAAACGAUAUCAGGCUGGCUAAGGUAUAGCAGUUCGCAUUUAGGAUAUCAGGCCGCUUUUAACAAAAUCGGGGGCAAACGAACGAAUGAAGUAGAGAGACAGGAUAUCCUCUAAUAUGUGACUUCCUACCCAGGUAAUUCGUUUUUCACUUCCGAAAAUAUUACGAACACAUAAAUUUGAAACCUAUAAAGGAAAACACAUACAUUUUUUUCACUCGAAGAGCAAUUCAGAGCAUGCCUCUCGGGCCAAUACUUAUUAAUUUAUUAGAAAAUCUAAUUGCACUUCUCUAUUAAGGGUUCUAGAAAACAACCAGAUCCACACAGUACCGGCAGAAGUAUUGCUCCCUCUGAAGUCGCUGCGGUAUCUUAACUUAAAAGGAAACAGAUACAAACGUUUACCGUCUUCCAUACUGUUACUGCAUUCGCUGGAAAAGAUUGAGGUGGAUAAUAUUACAAACUGUCAAUUUUGUGAGAUUGACUUCGCGUUAAACUGUUCGUCUGAAUAUCAAAGAGAAUUUAGACAAAUUGCAGCCUUUGGAAAUGUUUCUGGCGUUUGUGUAAGCUGGAUUCAUUGCCAGUACUCUCCCGACAAUUCAUGCGCUUGCCGCUCCCCUUCAAAGGUACCUCCGAUCAAAAAUUUACAGACGAAUUCCACGCAAUUCAACUUAAGCACUGCGCUUUAUAACAAUUCAUACCACAACGACAGCGGCCCGCCUUCAGCAACAUCGGUGCCUCUGAUAGAAGACAGCGUGCCACUAAAAUCCUUCAUAUUCAUCUUGAGUUUGGUGGCUACUUUCUCUAACAUGCUCAUUGUCAAGGUUGUAUUCACCACAGAGCGACUAAAAAACCUUAAAGCUAUGUUCCUUGCUGGUCACAUUGCUGCGUGUGAUUUCUUAAUAAGUUCUUUUUUACUGGUGAUUGCCAUCAAUGCUACAAUUCUUAAUUCUGAACAGAGACAAAGACACAUUGAUUCUUGGAGAAAGUACGUCUGUCCCACGAUAAUCUCGACUCGUUCAGUAGCUCUUCUUGUGGAACCUUUGGCCCUUUUCUUAAUGACUUUGGAUCGCUACAAGCUUAUCGUACAUUACUCAAGACCGGCAACCCAUCUCACGCGUCGUACUGUGUUAAUCACGAUCUCCUUGGCGUGGUUAUUAAGCGCUAUCCUCGUGGGCAGUCAAACAAUUGGCUUCGUGACGACUCACGAAUUCAAAAGCAUUCUCUGUGGACGGGCGAGCUGGAGUAAAAACUAUGGAAAUUAUAUCGAGAAGGCAGGAAUUGCUGGUAGCUCUGUCCUUUUUCUGCUGUCAUGUGUCAUGUACAUUCGUAUUUACCGCGUAGUGAAGACCCAGGAUAACAUAAGGAGGUCAAAGGCGUACACAAGAGUCGCUAAACUUAUCUUUGCUCUUGUGUUGAGCACGCUGGUAUUAUGGUACCUUCCAGCUAUGAUUGUGGCAUUUAUAGGGCACCAGACUUACGCGAAAGAAAUUCGUCAACUCACUAUCUUCAUUUCAUUUACUACAAACUCGCUGGUGAAUCCAUUUCUGUACGUGUUCAGAGAGAAAAAAUUCCGACAGGAAUUGCGCCUCCUUUUACGUAUGUGUAAUUCCAACGUAAAAACAGUAAAGAGCAAGCGCAAGAUUGAAAGGAAUCCAUUGGGUAUUGUCAAUGGAGGCAGACUUACGGACGGUGACGAUGAAUCAAACAAGACUCAUGGCACGUCCCUGUAA